UAGUCAACAUGGUCAUCAAAAUUUCACUUCAUUAUAUUCCAUUCUUCCAAACUCUUCGUCAGCAAAUAAUAGUUCUACUGCCCUGCCUGAUCAAGUUGAAAAACCUGCUUCAAAUUCUUCAAAUGAUUUCAUGUUGAAUUCUAGACAUACUUCUGAUUUAGUACCCGCUUUUGAAAGGGCAAAGCAAAACGCAUCUGCAGAAGAUGUUAGUAGACUUGACUCUUUGAAGAAGCGGGCUAUUGACGAAGAAGAUUUUGACAAUGCUGAUAAAUAUAAGCGUGAAAUUGAUUCCAUCAAAUCAUACAUAUGUAACUAUUUAGAAGAAGAGGGUCUAGAUCUUGAUGAGUCGGGCGAA